GGAGCAAUCACUGAAAAAUUGUUUUGACUGAUGUAAUAGUAGUCGCCUCUCUUGAGAUUGCAUAAGAAAUGACCUCCGCCGCUGCUCGAACGUUCCUUUCAUCUACCCCUCGAUUCAUCGUGCGACUUCAGAACACAACACAUUCCUUCUCUUCAUUCUCCACCACAACUCUACGAAAGCAAGCCAGAAUGGCACCUACCAUCCAGAAGCUAAACACCGGUGCUCCCAUCCCAGCCAUCGGCUUCGGCACCUGGCAGGACAAGGAAGCUCAAGAGCCUGCCGUCAUCGCCGCCCUCAAAGCCGGCUACCGUCACAUCGAUACCGCACGCAUCUACGGCACGGAGCCUGCAGUUGGUGCGGCUAUCAAGCGCUCCGGCGUUCCUCGCAGCGAGAUCUUCAUCACGACUAAGCUAUGGAACCACGGCCAUCAUCCUGACGAUGUGCAGAAGGAGGCCGAUGCAUCGUUGAAGGACUUGGGGGUCGACUACAUCGAUCUCUACCUGAUGCAUUGGCCCGCGUCGUUUGCGAGAGGCGAGGAUCUGAUGCCGAAGGACUCGAACGGGAAGUUCAAGGCGGGAGAUACGGACUUCGUCGAUACCUACAAGGCCAUGGAGAAGCUAGUGGAGUCUGGGAAGGUCAAGGCGAUUGGCGUUUCCAAUUUUAGCAAGGGAGAGCUUGAGAGGCUGCUUAAGGAGACGAGCAUCGUCCCCGCCGCCCACCAGAUGGAGCUUCACCCAUGGCUACAACAGAAGGACUUCAUCGAGUGGCACAAGCAGAAGGGCAUCCACGUCACCCAGUACAGCCCCUUUGGCAACCAGAACGAGAUCUACGACUCCGGCAAGAACAUGGGCAAGCUCAUGGAUGAUCCCGUCCUCGUCGAAAUCGGCAAGAAGCAUGGUGGCAAGUCGGGCGCCCAGGUCGCGCUCGCGUGGGGUAUCACGCUUGGCCACUCAGUCAUCCCGAAGAGCAAGACGGAGUCGCGCAUCAAGGCGAAUCUGGAGGGCGACUUCAAGUUGGAUGCGGAGGAUUUGAAGAAGAUUGAGACGAUCGACAAGAAGUUGAGGUUCAAUGACCCGUCGGACAGCUUCGGUUACAAGUUCUACUCAGACUUGGACGGCGCGAAGGACUGAGAGGACGAUAGUUCCCAGAUUUGAGAGUCUCAGAGGCUAUCAUGCUUUCAGUAGCUAGCUAUGAUGCCCAUUUUGGUGCAUCAAAUUUGGCCAGACGACCUGUAUGAUACGGAGAAGUGGCUGGGAUGAAAUCAAAACCUGACGAUUGAACGAGAAUAUACUUAAACAAUGCCUUUAGAACCAGA